AGAGGCUGCUGCGGGGGAUUCGUCUGGAACCGAUUUUGGUUCAAUAGAGAAUUUGUUGCUGAUCUUAAUUAAUCUAGAAUCUAGUAAAAAUACGCAAGAUUAAAUUCGAGCUCCCUGUUGUGCGAUUCUGUGAGAACCAGGUUCCAAGGGUAGAAGAAAUGACAUGGGAUACCUCUCUGGUGCCGACCCCUGAAGGAGGACACCCCUAGUGGAACCAAGCACGGCAGCAGCUUUCCUUCCCGUGUGUUUAACAUCCACCUUGAUCGCAUCAACAACAGCCGCCGCCUGCCUUGUAAACCACACCCACCGUCUGACACCUUGCCAAGGAAUGACACUAUCUAGAACUAGACAGUAGUGCCUUCUGUUUCACUUCUGUUUGGAUUAUAAAGCUGGAAACUUUCCUUAUAUAACUCUUCAUUCCGAUGGAUUACAUUUUUUCCAGUGGAUAGAAUAAACAUCUGGAUUAAUAAAGUGCCUCUUGUUGGAGAACAAGUGCCGGUUCGUGGGAUUAACUGGAUUAUCUCCUCGUUUUAGGUCAACAACCCCUGUCGUCACCGACCAGUCCGAUCUCACCCCACAAUGGAAGUCAGAUUACAGUGGCGCCUGUUUCUUCUGGCACUGGUGGCUUGCAGCAAGACCAUUGGCCAGUACCUCAAUGCAGACAAUUGCAAGCCACCCAACAUUAUAGAGGAGAGCAUGGUGCCAAUUUACUACACUAUUCCAUCAUCCCAUUCUAUCAAUGUGCCAUGCAAAGCCUUUGGCAGUGGACCAUUAACGUACACCUGGAUGAAGGACGGCCACAUCAUUGAGCUGACAGAAUCAAAGGACGACACAGUCAGACAUUCCUUGUACCCUGGUGUGGGGACCCUGGUCAUUGUCAAUGCAACCAGUGAGGACACUGGCUCCUACCAGUGUAAGGUUGUAAAUAAGUGUGGUACUUCAUUAUCUGACCUGAUUCCAGUCAGCCAUGCUUACAUUGAUCCAUUCCCUCAAAUUACCAAACCCACUGUUCUCAAGAAAGCUCUGGGCUCCAGUGUUAAACUCACCUGUUCACCACCAUUCAGUGUCCCAAAAGCUAAAGUGAGAUGGGUGCUGCAGCCUAAAAAAGACUACAGAAAUGAUCAGUCAUUGGAGCAGAUCCCUGUGCCUUUAGACAAAAGAGUUACCAUGGACUAUGACGGAAAUCUCUACAUCACAAGUUUAACUAAAGAAGAUGAACAGGGUGGGAAAAAGUAUGUCUGCAGUGCUGAAAACUACGAGACAAGAUCCAAAAAUGAAGGAGCGGACAAGAUUAUUGAGACCAUUGGAAAUGCUAUCAGUGAGAGUGGAGUGGAGAUGUUGUGGCAUUCAAAUAAUCAACUACUGGUCCUUGAAGGCAACAGAGCAACAUUCAAGUGUAUCUUCUCUGGCUACCCUGAGCCUGAGAUUCAAUGGGUGAAAGUGGUUGGCAACUACGACACCGCCCGUGUUGAGAUCAAGCAUCAUGAGCUGAUCAUCAAUGACGUGCGCUUUGAAGAUGCUGGAGAGUACAUGUGUAAAGGCAGUAAUGGCCUGCUGAAGGAGCCCAAGGAGGAGAUUUUUAACUUAAAAGUUGAAGCUUUACCCAAGUGGAAGAACAAGCCACAAGACCACGAGGUGGGUGUUGGAGAAAGUGCUGUGAUCAACUGUGAAGCUUCUGGUGUCCCUGAGCCUGAGGUUAAGUGGUACAUCGAUGGAAGGCCUAUUGAAGAUGCGCGAGUAGUGCCCCACAGGAAAUUGAGUGGACACACACUGACCUUCACCCAGCUGAAGAAGGAGGACUCUCAGGUCAUUCAGUGCAACGCCUCCAACAUUCACGGCUUUGUGUGGUCUGAUGUUUACCUGUUUGUUGAAGCCCAGCCACCCUACAUAGAGAAGCCACCCCUGGAUGAGGUGAUAGCAGUGGAGGGCCACGACGUGCGGGUCACGUGCCACGUCAAGGGCAAACCCAAGCCAACAGUGGACUGGUUUAAGGACAAGCAACAGCUGAUACUGGACCGCUACCAGAUACAGGAGUAUGGGGACCUCAUCAUUAGGAACACAACAAAACAUGAUACUGGAAGCUACAGGUGUUAUGCCAAGAAUGAAUUUGGUGAAAAAGAGGGGUCAGGCCUGGUCACAGUCAAAAUGAGGACCCAGAUAGUCACUAAACCUAUUGGCGCCAUGAUUUUUGCCAUGACCAACUCUACAUUUACCUGUGGAGCCACUACAGAUCCUACUGAAGUGGACAACCUCAGGAUCCGCUGGCUGAAAGAUGGGCAUCCACUGACGCCAUCAGAGCGUAUCCACACCAGCGGUGUUGAGCUACACAUCAGCCACGCCACCAGCGCCGACACGGGUGACUACACAUGUGUAGCUGAGAAUGGUUUGGACAAUGAUACAGCAGUUGCUACACUGCAAGUUCAAGCUGUGCCUGACCCUCCCUACAACGUGUCGGUCAAAACCUGCGUUGUGGACAGAGCCGUGGUUGUCUGGAGGUUUGAGGAGAGGAUGUCCAACUUCAUGAGCAUCACCAAGUUUGUCCUGGAGUACAAGACCAACCACAAAGACAGCUGGCUCACAGGCCUCUCGGCGCCACCCUCUGAGAGCGAAAUCACAAUGAACCUCUCGCCUUUCACCAAGUACAGGUUCAGAGUCCGAGCGGUGAACAAGUUAGGGACCAGUGGACCCAGUAACGAGGCGCCCUCUGUGUGCAAUACACCUGAGGAUCGGCCAGCGAAGAAUCCCAGCAAUGUUUACACUGAUGAACAGUUCACUGGCUUUUUGGUUAUCAAAUGGGAGCCCUUGGAUAAAAUAGAUGAAAAUGGAGAGGAUUUCCACUACAUUGUAGAGAUUACAGAGAAAAACAAUCCUGGCAAUAAAAAAACUUAUGAAAAUGUGACUGAUACACAUCUACGUAUACCAGUCGAGAACAUUUACAGCCCCUAUGAUAUCAAAGUGAGAGCAUCAAACAAAAUUGGCAAGGCCCUGCUAGAACCAGACACUUUCACUGGAUUUUCUGGAGCUGCAAGUCCCCUUGUGGUCGCUGAGAACUUUGAGGUGGAUCCAGAUGUCAACGUGACAGCUACCACUGCUGGGUUUAGGUGGGAUCCUGUGGAUACAAACCCAGAGCUCAUCCGUGGAGAGUUCAUUGGAUACACGAUUUACCUGACCUGGAGGAAUGGCACAAAACACUAUAAGCAACUUGUCAAGCCAAUGAUGAACCGCGGGCGCCGGUCUACUGAUGGUAAAGUGAGAGGGACAGUGGCCAGCCUGCCUUCCUUUUCUACAAUUGAGGCCUAUGUAGUGGUCAGCAAUAAAAACUUUGAUUCCAAUGCCAGCAAUGUUGUCAACUUCACCACACCGGAGGGAGUCCCUGGACCAGUGAAAUACUUGGUGGCAUUUUUACGCGGGUCGCAUCACUUUGCUCUGGAGUGGGAGGCACCUGAGGAGGAAAAUGGUGUCAUUACAGGCUAUCAGAUCUCAUAUAUGAAAAUCAGCAGAUUAGACUUUGGUGAGAGGGUUGUGGUCUAUGAUAAUCUCAGUCCCAAUGACACCAGAGCCACUCUCAACAAUCUCCAGCCUGCUACACAGUACAGGAUAUUCAUCAGUGCUAAAACUGUCUUAGGAGUCGGAAAGGAGUAUUACAUAGACGUUAGGACAACAUCUGUACAACUACCCAUUGCCCUGCCAAAAAUCACCUUUGCAAAUGCAGGUGAAAAUGAGGCCAACAUCACCUGGGCAGUCAACAAGUCCAGCGCUGGAGACAGACAUGGACAGUUCUACUAUAUUGAGAUUAAGAAAAAAAAUUCUAAGGACUGGGAGCGACAGGGUGAACCAGUGGAGGACCAGCUCUGGGGGAUGUUGAAGCAUCUAGAACCAGGCACUGAUUAUCAAGUUAGGGUCGUUGCCGUGGCAACAAAGAACGGGGAUGAAGGCUCACAGCCGAGUGAGCCAUUUGGAUUCAUUACUGCAGGCUAUGGUUUACUAGCCAUGGCCCUCACACGUUCAUCCAAUGUUACAACUAAUUCAGAUGGUAAAGAGGAACCAACUCUAGCAGGUGCAGCCAGGGCCAGUUUCUUGACAGCAGCCUGGUUUAUUGGCAUGAUGGUGGCCAUUGCUAUACUCAUCCUCAUCCUCAUCAUUGUGUGUAUUAUCAAACGAAACAGGGGAGAUAACUAUCCUGUUCAAGAAAAAGAAAGACUUCGAGGCAACUAUAAUGAUGAGAAUCAAGACCAUUUCAAUGAAUUUGGAAAAGGUGAUGAAAAUGGUAUUGGAGGAAGCAGCUCCUUUGACCGUGAUGCAGAGAAGGUCCCGUUGGAUGAGGACACAGACAGCUUAGACUAUGGAGACGACGAUGGCAGCAAGUUCAAUGAAGAUGGCUCAUUCAUUGGCCAGUACGGGCGCGGGGAGAAAGGAAACGAAGGGACAAAUGCAUCGUCUAUAGUUUAACAUUGAAAUUUGAACUUUCUAAGAUUUUUCAAGUUCCAAAUAUUUUGUGAUAAAUGGCUUGUUUCAUAGAGCAGAGUUUUGAAACUAAUUUAGCUGCAUUCUGUGUGAUCAAAUCUCGCUAGCAUUUUAUCUAGGUGAGUGUUGCACUCACUUAAUCCCAUCAAGGAUUCACCAAACGGGUAGUCGGACUUUUUUUUUUCAACUUAGCAUAAAAAAAUGGAAGAAAAAAAUAAGUUGUUCUUGUAAACUGAUAUACUUUUUAAGAAUCUCAAUAUUUUUUUCUCUGUUGUAAUUGACGCAUUACAUAGUACUUGAGUCUCAUUUGUAUAGUACACAGACUGCUGUACAUCUUGUUUUAUUUUCCUUGUACACAUCUUGUACAAUUUGAGCAUCUGUGUUUGGUAUUUAUAUGAGUAUCUUAGCUUUGGUUGUGAUGUGCUAUUUAUUCAUGCUUAAGUCAAUGGGUGGACCAGCCCAUGCAUCAACUACUCGAAGCUUUGUGCUUUAUUUCUAGUCAUUUUCUCAAGCGGGACUCAUCUUUCCAUUCAAAGAGUACUUAAGCCAUACUUCACUUUGUUCUAUUAAUAGAUAUCAUUCUCAUUGUGGAUUAUUUCAAGAAAAUCCUGUUAUAAUUGCAUGAUUUUUUUUUUGUAAAAAAACAACAACAUUGGAAUGGUUAGGUUUUUUGAUGGUUGGUUAUAUUUUGUAGUAGUUAAUGAACUAUCUGUGGUAGCUGAUGAACAAAGGUAUGCAUGAUUUGUUGUGUUACCAGCACAUUUUUUAAAUGUCACAGUCAUGCUUACCACCCUCUCUUUGACUAAAAUGCUGCAUUGUUAUAAAUUCAUUUAAUUAAAACAAAAGAUCACCACAGCUUAAUUGAGAUGGAAAAAAUAAAGUUUUUGGAGGAGAAUACUUGCAACAUGCUGCCUUAAGUGUAACCCCCCCUUAGUAUUGUAAGAAAUUUUUUUGUUUUACUCACUGUUUGAUUGAUAAGUGGUGGAUGCCUGUUUCACAACCUGAGCACAAUGUUGCCUGCUGUCCUAGCUUCUCAUUAGGGGAAAG